AAAGAUCUUAAGCUGAAGCCUGAACUGUCGAACAUACCUUGCGACCGCAACGGCGUAGAAGUAAAACUGCGGCUCAACUUAAAAUGGUUUAAUUACGACAGCAACCAGGGAGCAUUCGCCAUUUAUAGUUGGGUGAUGUUAACAUGGAACAAUAACAAAAUUACCUGGAACCCUGCAGAUUAUAACGGACUGAAUGAAACCCUCAUAUUGAACUCUGACAUGUGGUACCCCGAAAUAAAAUUGAUGAAUUCCAUAGAUUCAGAGCAGUCAGUGCAUUUCUUCUUCGAACAAUGUGCGAUCAGGAGUAGUGGUGAAAUUUUCUGCAUCUACAAAAUGGUUGACAGUGCAAUUUGCAAUAGCGAUUUGACUAAAUGGCCGUACGACACGCAAUCUUGCAGUGUUAAGUUCGGAGUAUGGAAAAAUAAGAAUAACACAGUGAGACUUAAAACGGCUGGACGUGCUGUACGUAUGAUUGGUGCUGAUUACGGAAUGGAGUGGGAUAUAAUAGAUUACAAGCAAGGAGAAUCAGGGCGGGAGACCCAACUAACAAUGACAUUUGUGAUAGAGCGACACGCGGAGACGGUAGCUGCUACGCUCAUUUAUCCAUCUAUAGCACUUUCUACAUUAUCAAUAGUUUCUUUUACUUUGGAUGUGAGAAGAAUGACACGUUUCGGACUCGUCUGUUUUAAUAUAGCGAAUCAUUUUUCAUUCUUGACAGAGUUGCAGGAGAAUAUGCCUGGUCAUAGUUUUACACGCCUAAGAGAGGUGCCUCCCCUUUGGGUCUCUUUCGUUAAUGAUAUCGUAUACAAAGGCCGAGGGAAGAUGCUGGUUUGGCCUAAAUGGGAAUCGGAGGUGGGUGCCAACGAAUUCGCUGAACAGUGGACUAAUUUUGCAAAUAUAAUUAACAGUGUAUUCUUUAUUGUUACUGUUAUUGUUUAUGUGUGUCUAUAUUUUGUUUAUAUGCCCCAACCAACGCCAUUGAAUUAUUAA